CUUGAGACUGAGGCAAUCUGCAAAGAUGUCCAAGAACAUCUUCUCAUUUCUCCGCUUGCUUGUGCUCUUGCUGGGCUUUGCCUUCAUCUGCCUAGGAGCCUAUUGCUUCUCUACAAGUGCCUCUGCUUGCAAGUGCAAUAGUUUGCCUAUUGCCUACUUCCUAUUACCCUUGGGUUUCUUUUUUCUCAUCUCUGGGAUUUUCUGGAGCACUUAUCAUGAAGCUAGUAAGCACAAGGGCUUAUUCCACAGCCUUAUACAUGGAAGUCCCAGACUUCAAGAGACACAGAUUAGUACCAUAGACAGGUAUGUUCCAUGUAUUGCAUUCCAACGAUUGGCCUUUGAUUCCUUUCCACUUCUCAUGAAAUACUUUACAGCACUGCCUAUGGUAUACUCCUCUUCAGUUUGCUCUGUUAAACUUAUCUGGUCCUUGACCUUCUUCUUUCUGUGUUAUGUUCAAUUAUAUCAUUGAGUAGUUCACUGUUUCUUAUUAUGUAGCCCAUCCUACAUGAUUGUGUCUUCAUCAUUUGCACUGGUUCUUGUCCCGGCCCAAUAUUUCUUCUUUGGCUUCCCUUUCUAUCUAACCCACCUUACACAUGCUUUUCCAAUGUCACAUUUCAAAUGUUUCCAGACUAGUUUCCAUUCUUCUAUUUUUCACAUGUCAUAUAUAUGUUUCAUAUAUUUUUAUAUAAAAAUUGUGUUUGAGAGGUAAGCUUACACCUCCUGCCAUCAGGCAUUUCUUCUUUAAAAAUGUCAAUUUUGCCAUGUAUGUUCUGCUUUUAGUUUUUAGCUUGUAUCUACCUUCCUCUGUUAUCUGGAUUCCUGGUUACUUAAUUCUUUUGCAUUUACUCAAAACACACACAUACACACACUGCAACAAGUAGUUUUCUACUUGCCAUUUAAAAAUCUUUAUUUUAUUGUCAUUUAUUUUUAGGCUGCAAAACUGAAUUCUUAAGUAUGUUCUGCAGCUUUCCUUCUGUCUCUGCUAUUACUGCCAUAUGCACCAAAUUCAUUUCCUUCUCAUUACUUUGAACCCUGAGUCUGCUAGUGCAGUAUUUUAUUAAUUGUAUGUCUACAAGUCUUUCCUUCCUAUAGCUUACUAUAUAAGCGUAUAUAGAUGGCAAUAUGAAGUGACUUCAUGGGCUAUAGUGUCUGGAAUAUUUGCCACCACAUAAAGUGCUCUGUUAUGCAAAGUCCUGUGUUGUGAGGAGUGCUGGUAUGUAGGAAGACCAAAUCCUGUUCUCUGCACAGACCAAAAUCACUGGAUGGCUGUGGCUGGGUGGUCUAGCUAGCUAGAGAUUGUUAUGAGCAUGAAAAAGACCCACAUUGUGCUCCUUGGGAAAAGGGUAGCAUAUGCUUGCUUAGUCUCUCUAGAUCAGGAACAUGCUGCACUGCAUGGAGCUGAGCUCUUUGUUUUAGUGGUGUUCAACAAAGGCUAAAGUUGCUCACUUUUAUCUGCUCAAGCUGCUUUUGAGAUUUCUGGGUAAGAGUCUCUGCCAUUCCGAGAGCGAAGACCGAUGCACUUAAUUAAGUUGGCCUCCAGCCUGGCAGAGUUUGUUAGUGGGUCAUGGAUACAAAUGUCACUUCCUGUUCUGUUGUGGUAACGGGACCAUAAACAAUAGGCAAAGCAGAAGCUCUAUAAAAAGGAUGUGGCACAUGCCAUGGUCUAGAUAACCAUGAAGACUGAACACUUCAAAAGAGCUUGCACCCUGCACUGCAAAAUAAAUCACCCUGCAGAAAUAAGCUUGGGCAGAAUGUACAUUUUCUGUUCACAAAGAGGGGCAGAAGAAAGGGACAUAUCAACUGAGCAAAUGUAAGGAUCACCAUUCCUUGGUCAAGCUUUAUCACACUGUCAUAAGAAUAUAUUAUUACUGGACACCCCAAUCUUUGCAGUUCACGAGAUUCCACGUGUAUUGCCACUUAACCAGGGUUUUUGUUUCCUUCUUAAAAUUAAGGCACAUAUUUACAGCCUAAAGUCGUUAAUGGAGGGGGUGCAGAACAUUACACUUCAAGCUUGAGUCCAGUGCAGCUUCUCCCAGCCAACAUGCAUGGAGUUCUCCCCACUGUCUGCUUCUUCUUUCCAGAAAUCAUUAGACCUGUCACCCUGGGUUUCAAAAGCUGCCUGCAAAAGGCACUUUUUCCUGUGCUGCCUGUAACCCUGGCAAUCCCGGUUUCAAAGAUUCAAGGAUCUUCCCUUGAAAGGCCAUCAUCACUGUUGUUGUUUCUUCAACAAUCGCUGGAUUGUUUCCAGGCUGGCCUCAGGAGGAAGGGAGUUGGGUAUAUUCAGGAAUUUAUCAGUUUGCUCAGAUUCUAACCCUUUAUUGAAUCUAGGGGUUUGGGAGGUGGUCCCCCCACAACUGCUAACAAAUCAGAGCUCUGAAGGCCUACAACACAAAACUUCCCACCCAAUUCCUUCCUCCUCAGCCCCCACUCCUCUUCACUUACUUUAGAUCCUUUUGGUGCCUGACUGAGGUUCUUGAAAAUGGUGGUAAGGGGUCCUACCUGUCUAGAUUUUGAGUAGAACAGAGAAUGUGGUGAGCAGAUAUGGGCCGCAGGUGGUUGCAGACUAUUUUUAUAAACAGUGAAUAGAGACUGUCAGGAUUUCAAGACAGAACCAUUUUAAGCAGUGUGUGGUUUUUUGUCUCGGCUGUUUUUUGUGCAGGCCUGACUUCUACCCACCAUCAUACGAAGAUAGCACUGAUCCCGAAAAGCAGACUUUUGCACUGCCCAUCUGCCCCCAGGAGCAAGUCAAGGACAUGUACAACAUACCUCCACCUCUUUAUACAGAGAGCAGCCUGGAAUUCCUGGAGGAAGCCAGCCCUCAGGAACAGCGGCCGCCUUCGUAUGAAGUCUCCGUGCGGCAGGCUGCAGAACAUAACUUGACCACGCGUGAAGAGCCUUGCUGCACAUCCGUGUCACAGGUCAGCUGCUGAGGGAACAGCCUUGCCAGAGGACGUGAGGCAGAGAUAAGCUGUGCCUGCUAUUUUGGGAGAGCGGCUGGGGUUAAUGCACAGGAUGCAAAGUGUAGUCGAAGUGAAGAGAGGCAAGCACUGUUCUAUGCAAUGGAGUGAAGACAGUAACUGCAGUAACUUACAGAAAGCCUGGGUAAAGUUGCUAAAGUUUUGAAGAAUGUUGCUGAGUCCAGUCCAGUAUUGCUGGCUAGCUGCAAUAACUGGGUAUGUUUGUUUACAUUGUUGUAGCUUUAUUCUGCCUAUGCUAGGGUCAGGCCUUGCUGUCAUUUCCUAUCCUGUAAAGAUCAACAACAGUAGCAGGAGGAAGUGCCCAUCAGAGGGAGGGGCCUUCUCAAAGGAAUGACAAAAGAAACCCCCAGGCAAAGCACUGUUGAAUGAGGCAUGCACUCACACAGAGAGAAAUAAGCUCUGCUGCUGCUUUGGGGAAAGGGCAUUUGUAUGAAGAAGUCAACCAGCAGUUUCCAAUUAUGCAAUUUUCCUACACCUGUUUAUCCAGUGCAACUGCCUCUCAGAAAUGGGCGAGGCGGCAGAGGGGCUCCCUAAACAGAGUUGACAGCACAUGGAUUUAAAUGGCCAGUUGGAGAAUGAAGGCCAUGGACACUUGCACUGCGAGAGAAAUUGCAUUCAUGCACCCUAGGUCCAUAUGCAAUAUUUUAAAUCACAUUUCUUUUUUUUGCAUCUCCUGUGGAGUUUUGACAUCAACUUAAUAGAAAACAAUCAUUGCAAACUUUGGAGGAUGAUCAAUAAUCCACAGUUAGCUUUUGUUAUUUUACCAUGAUGUACUGUUACUGAGGUAACUAGUUUACAUAAUGUUUAAUAUUGCAUUGCAUUUUUGUUUUUCUUACAAUAAAUUUUGUACUUGAAAACUCUUCAAAGAAAAGUGGCAUUUGUUUGAUUGUUGCAAACAAUAAUUUGCUCUGUCUCAUGGACUGCCAAAAACCACGAGACAAUGAUUGAAAAAGUAGUCCAAAAUAUUUAUUUCUGCACGAAAGUUUAAAUUUACUAUCCAAAGUAUGUACACAGUUCCUCUUACACCAUUUCCUUAUAAGGCACUUAACCCUGUAAUUGCUCUAAAGUUACUACAGUGGGAAGCAUGCGUACUAGAUACCAUUUUAGACAAAGGAGCUUCCUCGUGGUCUGCUAGAAUUUUAUUGCAGGAUUAGAUUUCACCUCCAGUUACCAACCACAUUCCUUCUGAGCAUGCUCAGUAAGUCGAAACCUUAUAUGGUACGAUUAUUUAUAAUUCUACUUCAUGAGGAAAGGCAGUUUAGCAGAAUAAAGAAAUUCUGCAAAGCCCUUUAGUGGAAUGUCUUCAUAGGCAUUCCUGUAUCUUCCUGCAUCUUCUUUCAUCUUACCACUAUGCAAGAAUUCCAGCCCUUCCAACCCUCUUCCAAAACUACAUGCAUCAAGGCAAAAUGUCCAGGGAACCAAUAGCUUGUCAAUGUUUCAAAAAAAUCCCAAGCAGAAUAAUGCAGGUAGAAUUCUUACUUUGGAGGCUUUCCCUUGAGUUCCAACAUCAUUACACAAGGUCCCUAGUUCAAGGAGUACAAAUUAAUAAAUAGGGUUGUAAGACUGUAAAAACUUGACAAAAAUAGGUCUAUGGCUAGCAGCUGAUAGACUGUGCAAUAAUAACCUUAAAAAACCCUGAUGUACAUGGAAAUGCAAACCUAGGGCUCAUCCAGGCUUCCUUUUGUGCCGCUUUUCUAGGCACAAGUCCGGCCUUUAAAUCUCUGUGUUGGAGUGUUGGUAUAUUUUGGUCCUGCCACUUUCCCUGGGAAAACCUAUGUUUUACCGCUGAAUUGGAACAAGCAGCAAACAGCAGUUCCGCUUAUAAGAGCAAACCUGUGCCUGGAAGGCGUGAUGCAAAAGGAAGUUGGAUGAGCCUGCAGGGUGUAAUACAAAAGGUCCCUGGCUCAGUGGGACAGAAAGUGGUUUGGAUGCAUGAGGCCCAAGUAGCCAGCGCAGGAGCUCUGCAUCUGUGUGCUCUUAAGCACAGGGCUAUUUUUUUAAAGUGCCCCUUUGCCACUUACUAUGGGGCUUUAAGUUAGCAGUGUUUACACAGACUCAGUGUAAUAAUGCUGGUCUAGAAGGACAACAAUCUGCUUCAAUAGAAGGCAGUUUGCCAUGUUCCUAGAUUCGUCUCAUAAGUUCCUAUAGCAGUGAGCAGUCAGGUUAUCCUUGUGACAGCACUGUAAAUUAAGAGUGAAAGCAACUUAGUAAAUGCAAUGCUCCAGAAAUCCAUGAGCAAAUCCCCCAAACCUCUUAUACCAUAUGAACAUUUAAAUUCAUUCUCACACUAGGAAGCAGCUAAAAUGUGAUACUGAGCAGACCUGUUGUCCAUUGCCCAGGCCUGGCGGGUCCAGUAGAAGCUAUGGCUUUAGCAGUGAAGCUGCUCAGACUGGGAGCUUAUAUAGGAGCUUGAGGCUCUACUCCACCUUUCUUGUCUUUUAGCCAGGCCCUGAUCCAAGCAAGUGUCUCCAUGUGCUUCACUUUCCUCCUAAGCAACUAAGCUAGGCACGGUGAUGGCUCUGAAAUUCCUGUCUGGCUCACUAUCCCCUCUGCUCCUGCGGCACUUGGGAGAUGGAUGUGUGUGUCUGAGUCGAUAUAUAUAGGGCCAUUGUUACAGCACAGCAAAUAAACAACUUGCUACAGAAUGAUGAGCUAUGGAUGUACAAGUACUAUACAGACAGGAACCAUAACACGUUUUUAGAUUUACAAAAAAAGAUGUUUAAUAAUACUGCAAUAAAACACUGUGCUUUUAGAAGUGAGAAAACAAUCAGUGCUUCAUUUACUUAGGCACAGCUAAAAAAACCCUGUGCUGCAUUAGGCCAAGCUGUGUCUUAUUAUCAGCAAUUUCAUGCAAGGCAAAAAUAUGGCAUUUCAUUUUAUUCAAUGUCAUAGUAAGUUUUGACAAAUAUCAGAAUAAACCAAAUCCCUUUCUGAAAGCACAAGAUCACUCAGAUUGCACUAAAAAGGAACAUUUGGCAAUUGCAAUUAAUAUUACUAGGCUGCUAAAAUAUCACAAAGUCAUCUCAACAAAUGACAAGCAAAGAAAAGCAUUCAAAGGAGUCACAUGCACAAAUAGUUCUUAUCAUUUCAGUGUCGUGUGCCAUGGCUGGAGCCUUCAUGUUCUUCCGUAGCCACAAGAACCAUUUGGUGUACCCAAACAUUCUUUCCUCUGCUGCAUCUGUUCCAUGAUAUGUCAUGCUAUGACCCUCUGAUAAAGCAUGUGGUCCGCUUUCAGACAGCUAAGUGAAUUAGAGAAGUGCCUGAACUAAGUUCCGGAGAGUUCUUCCUGAAAAAGCCCUGCUUAGAACUAUGCAUCACUUCCUUCAUUUCAUUUUGUGCUGGCAUUUAAAGGAAUCACAUAAGCAUGAAACAUGAGGAUGUUGUACCAGGACUUCAACAUUUCGCUAAUGUCUCUUAUCUGCCCAGAAUUGUUCUUCCCCUAAUCUCAGAGGAUUAACCCCACCAUAUUUCCAAUAUCUGAGGGCAUAUGACCCCUUUAAAAAGUUAGUUUCUGCAAGUUCAAAACAGUAUGUUGGAAAAGUCUCUGAGUGUUCAGCUAUUAUGCACUUCUAUAACCAGAGAGUACAGUGGUACCUUGGGUAACAAACACUUCGGGUUACAGACUCGGCUAACCCGGAAGUAGUACCUCGGGUUAAGAACCUUGCCUCAGCAUGAGAACAAAAAUCGUGCACCACCAGUGUGGUGGUGGUGAGAGGCCCAAUUAGCUAAAGUGGUACCUCAGGUUAAGAAUGGUUUCAGGUUAAGAAUGGACCUCCGGAACAAAUUAAGUUUGUAACCAAAGGUACCAAUGUAAUGCCAAUUUAGUCCCAGAACUCUGUUAAAUCAGCAUGUGAUAACUGAACACUCCAGGCAGAGACAGUCUUUUGAAUGUGCAGCAUGGCUUUUUAAAGGGAUCCCAUGACUCUUCCAGCGUAGUAAAGUCAAACUCUGCCAAUUACUCAAACGCAAAGAAGUGGAACACAAAUUCAUCUUGGGAGACAGUAUCUGAAUAUUUUGAAUCCAAUUUAUAAUAGCUCAUUUAUUUAAAAGUGGGGGGGAGGGAGCGUGCCAGCAGUCUUUUCAAAAUGUGUAAAAUCUAAUGACAGACAAGGGUCUCUGCCAAGACAGCUGCAGUGGCUAAAUACUAAAGAAGGAGGCCUCCUUCAGGAUUGUUUAGUAACCGUAACAUAGCUGGUAUAUCCUUUGAAAGAAAAGAAGGGAGGUUGGGAAGGGGGCUGGGUGGGAAAGGGUAACUUUCAUUCAUCAAAGAGUUGGCUGGAUGUCUAUUUUCUUCCUUCACAUUUUAAAUUCAAAAGUCUCAAUUGCACAAACUGUGCAUGAGUAUAGUAGAUGCCAGGUUUCAAAUAGUGUAUAAAACAGUGCUUGUUAUUCAUGAUAAAUCAGGGAAAUAAAGUACAGUGGUACCUCAGGUUACAUACGCUUCAGGUUACAUACGCUUCAGGUUACAGACUUCGCUAACCCAGAAAUAAUACCUCGGGUUAAGAACUUUGCUUCAGGAUGAGAACAGAAACCGUGUGGCAGCAGCAGCAGCGGGAGGCCCCAUUAGCUAAAGUGGUGCUUCAGGUUAAGAACAGUUUCAGGUUAAGAACAGACCUCCGGAAUGAAUUAAGUACAUAACCAGAGGUACCACUGUAUCUGCUUAAAGUUGCAAUACUAUGCAUACUUACACAGCCCAAAGGAUACAUGCAGAGGGUUGGGCUACACAUGCCAGUAAGGAUUAGAACAGCCCUAUGUGCAGCUCCUGCAUAUAUGGCAUUGCUUUCCCACAUUCAUUGACACACUGCUUUGUGUGGUGCAUCUUGGGCACUGAACGUCACCUCUCAGCAGCUGAGUCUUCCAGUCAGCUGCAGUGACCAACAGCCUUGUUUCUAGUUCAAAAUAGUGAACUGCCCCUUCCCAAACUGUGUUUGGAAAACAACUCCUUUUGCUUCUGAGCCUUUUCAAAGCAUGACAGAACAUUUCCAUACUUACCAUGAGUACUUUCUUUUUGAAUUAAAGCUGAGGAUUCUCAAAAGGCUAGAUUGCAGAGUAUGCAGCCUGCUCCUGCUUUGCAAAUGCAGAGCAUGAGAUUUUUCUGCCACACUGGCAUUUUGCAAUAACUGAGUUUUAAUAUAAAAUGAACUUUUCUCUUUGGUUAUUUAUGUGUACAAUAAGAUGCUGAAGCCAUAGCACAGAAGCAAAUGCACUGCUGUCUUAGUGAUCAGCACUGAAUUUUGCUCCCUCCCACCUCCCUCAAACCCUUCGAAUAAUAUAAGGCAAAAAAAUGAAUAUGAUUUGACAAGUCUUCUUUCUCCCUUCCCCUCUCAAUUUUGGCCCGGGGUUAGCGAUCUUUCCUUGGUUCAGGUGAUGACGGUAGGACCCUUACGACCUGUCCUCUCAUGAAUCUGGGAUAUUUUCAGCGCAAUUGCUAUGAGAGGACUCAGUACAGCCUAAAGAAAAAAAGAAAAAAGAAAAAUGGCUUAAAGGA